AUGCAAUCAGUCGCCCAAGGCGCCGUUCGAAAUCGGGCAUAUCGGGUUUACUCGCGAGAUGAAGUCCGGGAUUUGAUUGCCCAUGGGCACAAAGUUGUCAUUGUUGACCAAUAUGUGCUAAAAAUCGAUGCCUGGAUCCAGUACCAUCCAGGUGGUGAUCUCGCCAUCCUACACAUGGUUGGCAGAGAUGCCACAGAUGAAGUCAACGCGGCUCGAUGUCAAAUGGAGCGUUAUCGCAUCGGUCGAGUUGAAGGUCGAUGGAAAAAUUUUGUUCCUCCCAUACAGGGCGGUGUUUUUGACAACGCCGCUGAACAACAAGACUUAGACGACUCGAAUUCAUCACCUGCUUCUCCCGAAGACACCACCUCAAGUAAUCCCAGUUCGCGGGCACCAUCGCCCACUUUUGACAGGGCCAAUCCUAGCAUCCGAAACCGCCACACUGCGUCGAUAUCUAUGUCAUAUUCACCGUCGCCCGAUAUAAUUCAAGAGGCUAUGCGAGACAUGGAUGGCAUGGCAUAUCUUGAUGCGCAAACUAGGAAACAGAUCAGCUUAGACCUGGAAAAAUACCCUUCGCCUGAUGUGGAUACACAAAGUCACAUUGUUGAGAAGUACCGCCUCCUCCAUGACCGGCUUAGAAACGAGGGGAUGUAUAACUGCAACUAUUGGGCAUACGCUGUCGAGGUCUCACGGUACUCAACUCUACUUUUUCUUUCUUGGCUCUGCUUACGCGGAGGCUACUAUGCCCUCAGCGGUGCUUUCCUUGGCUUAUUCUGGCACCAGGGCUCCUUCUGUGCCCAUGACGCCGGUCAUAUGGGCAUCACGCACAAUUUUCAUAUCGAUACCAUCAUUGGCAUCAUCAUAGCUGACUUUUGCGGGGGUUUGUCGCUCGGCUGGUGGAAGUGGAGCCAUAAUGUGCACCACAUUGUAACCAACUCCCCUGAGCAUGACCCGGACAAUCAGCAUCUCCCAUUUUUUGCUGUAUCCCAUCGGUUUUUUGAGUCUGUUUACUCUACGUAUCACUCACGAGUGAUGAAGUACGAUUUGCCAGCGCAAUACCUUACGAGAAUCCAGGCCUACCUAUACUACCCAGUGAUGGCCGUCGCUCGCCUCAAUCUGUACCUACAGUCCUGGCUAUAUCUGCUUCGAGGUACCGGGCCAACAAAGGGCCCAGGAUGGUGGCAUCGGUGGCUUGAAGUUCUUUGCAUGGCAGGAUUUUGGACGUGGUUUGGGUACUUCCUUGUCUACAAAACCAUCCCUUCAAACUGGGAUAGGUUUAUAUUCUUCACUAUCAGCCACGCUAUCACACUUCCACUCCAUGUCCAGAUCACAGUCUCUCACUUUGCGAUGAGUACAAUGGACCUUGGGCCGGAGGAAUCUUUUGCGCAGAAGAUGUUAAGGACAACAAUGGAUGUCGAUUGCCCACCCUGGCUUGACUUCUUUCACGGGGGCUCCAGUUUCAAGCUAUACACCACCUUUAUCCGCGAAUUCCUCGGCACAAUCUCCGCGCCGCUCAAAAGAUGGUUCAGGAAUUCUGCAAUGAUGUAG